GAAGUACCGGGCCAGUGUGUGUUGAGCUGUCCGCGUGGUUUGUGCUCUCAGUUCCGGCGGCCCGAAGGAUCGAAUUAUACAGACAAUAAGAAGCUGAUGGCUCCAUCUGCAGAAGAACUUACCGAAAAAAAAGAUCAGACUGAUUGCGACAACGACGUGGAACAGAAUUUGAAACAGCUGGCGAAACACUUCCAAAGAUUGAACGGGAAUCGCACAGGCUCUGUGGAGGACUUCGACGAACAAGAUUCGACAGAAAUGCAAGGAGGAGUGGACACAGCUCGCCGUGAGAGCUUCAAUGGCCCCUAUUACAACGGAGAACGAUCGAGCCCACAGAUCCACCGUUUCUCACCUCCCGCAUUUACAUCUUUCAUAGACCUGUGCAGGGAUAUAUCUUCAUUGAGCAUAUCCAAUUUCCCUGAGGAGACGAACGGCCACGAGAAGACAGAAGAGGAACCGAAACUCGAGGAAGAAGACGAGUUCCUUCUACUCUACCCAGAGGAGGACAACAAAAAGAAGACGAUGGGACGAUCGUCGUCGCUGAAAUCUGCUAGAACCAGCGGCCAGAAGAAAAUAGUGAGAUUCGCCGACGUUCUCGGUCUCGACUUAGCCGAUGUCCAUACUUUCCUUGACGAAGUUCCGAGGAUACCGAAAUCCGCUUUCAAGGAUUUGAAAAACAUUGACGCGAACCCCUUGGAAUCGCCGAAGGAGACCAGACAGGACAAAACCCUGGUCCCCCUGUUCAUGCAGCCCGGAGGCCAGCAGCAAUUCAGCGACCGAUUGGCGAAGAGCAAGGUCUGCCUGGAGAACGCCUACGUCACCACCACCCUAGGCCUCAAGAUCCGAGGUACGGUAAAAGUGGUAAACUUGGAUUACCACAAAGAAGUCGCGGUUCGUUAUUCGGGCGAUAAGUGGAGGAGCUUUACCGAGAUCCAGGCCUCCUAUGUGGACACUAGUCACGACGGCUUCGCUGACAGGUUCGGUUUUACGAUACCCAUCUUCGCGUUGGAUCUCGGGCAGAGAAUGGAAUUCGCCAUCAAGUACCGAGUUCUUGGUGAAGAGCAUUGGGACAAUAACGGAGGUGCCAACUACAGUUUUCAGUGUGUGCCCGAAGGUCCACCUAAACCCAUAACCUCUGCUUAUGUUUCAUCAUCCAUAGCGCUGGAGACAUGGGGAUCUUUCUAUUGAACAUUCAACUUGAAAAAUAUCACAAGUUUUUCAUGUGAGAUAUAACUCAUUGGAGCAGUAGUCGGUACAAUGAUAAACGGAUUGUACCAUAAUGGAUGAGUUCCAUUGCCUAUAUACUUUUAAGUAAAUUAUUUAUUUGUCAUUUUUACAUCAUAAUUGGUCAUUAUUUUUUUAACUGUUUAAAUUAUGUGUAUUAAAUAACAGCUUGAACUUUCUUUUACAGUAAAGAUGGAAAUAUCAUGAUUGUUAUUAAUUUUAAAAAUGACUGAGGUUAAAGAAAUGAAUGAAACAUUUCAGCAUAUAAAUUAGAUUUUGUAGUGUUUGUAUUUAUUAGAAAAAAACGUUUUUUGUUUUUAAAUAAGGGGUAAAGUGAAAAACAAAUUUUAUUCAUAAGUUUAAUUUUUAAAUUUAUAUUAAAUAUCCAUCGUACUAGACCAGAAUCAUUGAAGAUAUUUAGGAAACAAAUUGUGUUUUCAUAAAAAUUAGGGAGUUUCUUCUCUCCACCUAUCUAACAUCUCCUCGUAUGCUCAUUAAUGUUUAUUUAACUGAAUGUGCAUUGGAUUUUCUAUUGUAAAAGUUCCUUGACUUUUAAAUUUUGAAAGAUUUGAGGAAUCGUGGUUUAUGUUGAGGUACUGUAUAUGACUUAUCUCCUCUUUACCUUGUUCAUUAAAUUAUUAAUGAACUCUUAUUAUCUAGCAGUUUUUAGAUUUUGUCAGUUUUAAAUAAUUUUGAAUAUUAGAGUUUUAUUCUAAAUUUUAUUGUACAGUAACAAAAAAAAAUAGGUAUUUAUAUCCUAUUGAUAGCAAGUGUUUGUAAAUAUAAUAUAUUCUAUAAAAAUCUUUAAAAAAAAUCUAACUAGUGUAAAUAUAUGUUGAGGUUUAAUUUUAUUUACAAGAAUCAGAAGAUUGGAUGUUAAAAAUUAAUUUCAACGAAAUGAGAGACAAUCUUAGGAUACAUUUGUGAUUCUUUUCAUGAUUUUAUUAUAUAUAUGUUGUUUGUUAUAUAUAUUUUUAUAACUUUAUGGAUAAAACAUUACUCACUAUGUAUAUACGGAAAGUAUGAUAUGAAACGACUGAUCUUUACAAGUAUAUACUAGUGAAAAUAUAAUUUUGUAAUCAUUUAUAUGAUUCUUAGUAGUAGGCUGUAGAAGGCAUAUUUGUGGUUCCACUAGUCAAGUUGAAUUUUUUUUUUUAUCGAUUUAUAUUUUUGGAACCUAUUAUUUGUAUUCAAUUAGUGUUAUUUAAUUAAUACCAUGGUUAUUAUUGCAUUGUAUAGAUCUUUAUAUAUGCGCUUUAAAUCUAUAUAUUUUGAAUAUAACCUUUGUCUUCCUUCGUAUUUUGUCUAUGAAACGUUAUAAGUUAAUUUUUAUGAAUGUUGAGGUAGCGAAAUUUGGAAGAAAAACAUUAUUGAGAUUUGUAUCAGACUGAAAAUUAUGGUUGAUAAUAUAGAAAUAUUAAUUUAUAAAUAAUAUUUUAUAAAAAGUGAAAAUAAAGAAAGAAUGAUUAAUCAAUUUGGCUUUAUUGUAUUUCAUAGACUGAUUGUUGCUCAAAUUAUAACAAUUGUUGAAAUUUUGGAAAAUAGAUUUAUUUAAAAAAAAAUUAUAUAUAUACAUCUUUUUGUUAUGGGUUUCAAGAAUAUUGGCCCUCAACUGUUCUUAAAUUAUUAUAUAAUGUUGUACAUUAUGAUUAGGAAAUUGUAAUGGAUAGUUGUAAUUAAAAUGUAGUCUUUGAGUGUAUAUAUUGGAAAAUAAUGUGUAAAGAAGUACCUGAUAUAACUAUAUGAAUGUCUAUUGUUAAUAAAAGGCUUGUAUCAGUUUAUAUAAACUUUUUAUUGUUCUUU